UGGCUCUCUGCUCACGCUUGACCCAGUUGUAACUCCGGCAGCCAUUCUUCCGUCUAUCUGAUUUCGAUCUGAAAAAAAUUUUAGUUGCCCCAAAGGAUACAUAGGUCGAGAUAGAUGGGGAAGGACAUGGAGGCUGGGGCUGCUGGGUUCACGGCGAAGGACUACACGGACCCGCCGCCGGCGCCGCUUAUCGACGCGGAGGAGCUGACCAAGUGGUCGCUGUACCGGGCGGUGAUCGCGGAGUUCGUAGCGACGCUGCUGUUCCUCUACAUCACGGUGGCGACGGUGAUCGGGUACAAGCACCAGUCCGACCCCAACGUGAACGGCACCGACGCCGCCUGCAGCGGGGUCGGGAUCUUGGGCAUCGCCUGGGCUUUCGGCGGGAUGAUCUUCAUCCUCGUCUACUGCACCGCCGGCAUCUCCGGCGGUCACAUAAACCCGGCGGUGACGUUCGGGCUGUUCCUGGCUCGCAAGGUCUCCCUGAUCCGAGCCCUUCUCUACAUGAUCGCGCAGUGCCUGGGAGCCAUCUGCGGCGCGGGGCUCGUCAAGGGCUUCCAGAAGGCCUACUACGUGCGCUACGGCGGCGGCGCCAACGAGCUCAGCUCCGGCUACUCCAAGGGGACGGGACUCGCCGCCGAGAUCAUCGGCACCUUCGUCCUCGUCUACACCGUCUUCUCCGCCACCGACCCCAAGCGCAGCGCCCGUGACUCCCACGUCCCGGUUUUGGCUCCACUUCCAAUAGGUUUUGCGGUGUUCAUGGUCCAUCUAGCCACAAUCCCGAUCACGGGGACCGGCAUUAACCCUGCAAGGAGUUUCGGAGCUGCCGUAAUCUAUGAUAAGGAGAAGGCAUGGGAUGACCAGAAAUCAAACGAUGCUUUCUAGCUGACGAAUUGCAGUCGUUGAAAGCAAUAUCCGAACCCUAUAGAUGAACAGACAAUUGGAGGUUGCCAAAUGUACAUAAAGAGUAGUGCCAUCAUUCAAUCGACAAGCCAAUCAAUUUACUUGGCCUGGUCGUUUAUUUCCAGUACAAUUAGCAGCCAACUGCUCGGAGAAGCAGCUGAAACUUAUCAGAUUUUUUUUUUUCGUGUGCGCGCAUUGCAGUGGAUCUUCUGGGUGGGUCCUUUCAUUGGUGCCGCCAUAGCCACAGCUUAUCAUCAGUUUGUCCUUAGAGCUGGCGCUGUCAAGGCUCUCGGGUCUUUUAGAAGCAACGCUUCAUCCUGAAUUCUGUUCUUCUCCAGCUUUGGUGGUCAUUGAAGGAAAAAAGAAGAGCAGAAUUUUGAUGGGUCGGCACCAUUUCAGUCUUUCGCUUGUCAAUAAUGCAAAUCAACAAGUAGGCAUAUUUUUACCAUUGCCCCAGCGUUUGUUAAGUAUCUAUGUAUGUGCUCCUGGUCUUCAUAAAAUGUAAUAAAUUACGGGCUUCCUUGUUAUUUGAGAGCACCCUUCCAUGCAUGUAUCUUUGGCAAACCGUUUUGUAGAUUCUGAAAAUUAUGUGCUUUUGGUUGAG